AUGAAUUAUAAACAUGCAUCAGGUUCGGAAAAACGGAAAAAAAGAAAAAUUCAAGAAGAAUCAGUAAACAAACUACCUAAAAUAACAAACUUCUUUAACUCCAAAACUGAUGAAGAUGUUACAUUGGAUUUAAAUAAGAAAACCGAAAUCGAUUCCACUUUUAAAACAAACAGUGAUCAGUCUGAUUCUUGUUUGCAAAAUUGUAGUAAUAAAACUGAUGGUCUUCUAAUUUCUGACAGUCUUGAUAUUAAUUUGACAGAACAUCAUAAUGAGGACGACAAAGAAAAUGAAAUAAAAAACCAAAAUGAAACUAGUGUUGAGAAUAAACUUGUAGACGAAAUUCCUAAAAUUUCUGAGUGGAGUGCAACAAUUAUUAAAAAUAAGGAAUUUUUAAAUCUUGUGAUUAAGAAUAAACCAAAUAGCGACUCCAUUGAUGUUAAAGACUUAGAACAAACAUAUCAAGAUGCUAAUCGCACUUAUACUAGAGCAUUAAAAACUUCUGAUUUUUAUCGAUUAAAAUCCAAUGGCGGAAAAGAAAAAAGAGAAUGGCUUAUUUACGACUCAAGUACAAAAUCUUUAUACUGUUAUCCGUGUAAAUUGUUUUCUACAGACGUAACCUGCUCUCUUACUAGUAGUUGUGGUUUUAAUGAUUGGAGAAAUAUUUCCAGAACUCUUAAAAAUCAUGAGGAAAGUAAGUCUCAUUUGGCUGCGACUGUAACGUUAAUAACCAGGUCUUCUGAAUUUGGAGUAUUAGACACUAAACUGCAACAACAAAUUAGUGUCGAAGAAAAAUAUUGGAGUAAAUUUCUUUUGCGCGUACUUGCUACUAUUAAGUUUCUCUCUAAACAAGGCUUAGCUUUCCGAGGAUCUGAUGAAAAUUUAAAGAGUCAACAUAAAGGCAAUUAUUUAAGUUGUCUUACAUAUCUAUCUGAAUUUGAUGAGUUUUUAGAGGAACAUCUUCGUAGAUAUGGAAAUCAAGGAAAAGGUUGUACAAGCUAUUUAUCACAUCAAAUAUGUGAUGAGUUUAUACUACUGUUGAGAGAUAAAUUGAUUAACACUUUUGUUGACGAGAUUAAAUCAGCCAAGUAUUUUUCGAUUAUAGUAGAUUCCACACCUGAUAUUAGUCACUGCGAUCAACUGACUUUUGUAAUAAGAUACAUUCACAAAAACGAAAUAAAAGAAAGAUUUAUGGGUUUCCUUAAAAUUGAAAGUCACAGUGCUGAAAAUUUGCAAGAAGUUGUAUUAAAAAAGUUAAAGGAACUAGAUCUAGAUAUUGCAAAUUGUCGAGGUCAAAGUUACGAUAACGCUGCAAAUAUGUCAGGCAAAUAUCAUGGUUUGCAAGCAAGGAUUAAAAAUUUAAGUCCUACAGCUUUUUAUGUACCAUGUACAAACCACUCACUUAAUUUGGUGCUAAAUUUUGCUUGUGAAUCAUGUUUGCAAGUCGUGAUUUACUUUGAUUUUGUUCAAAAAAUAUUUACAUUUUUUUCAGCGUCAACUCAUAGAUGGAAUAUAUUAAAAGAAAAUUGUAAGACAGUCCCUAAACAAUUAAGUAACACGCGAUGGUCUGCCAGACACGAUGCAGUGAGUGUUUUGAAGAAAGAAUAUGGUUUGAUUCAAGAUGUUUUAUUUAAUUUUUCAAGUGACUUGAAUGAAAAAACACUUGCUCGCAGCGAAGCUUUAGGUUUAUUUAAAAAUAUGGAAAUAUUUGAAACUUUCUUUCUAACAAUUGUAUGGGACAAAUUGCUUGAACGGAUUAAUGCGACAAGCAAAGCUCUGGAAAAUCCAAAUUUAAAUUUAACGUACGGCGUACAGCUUUUAGAAUCAUUACUACUUUUUAUAGAAGAAAUGAGAAGUACCUUUGAUAAAAUCGAAAAUGAAACCAAAAUAUUAUUGGAUAUUGAGGAAGUUCAAUAUCAAAAUGAAAAAAAGAGAACUAGGAAAAGAAAGGCCUUCUUUGAUGAAAUUAGACAAAAUGAAACUUUGUUGACUGGAAGGGAAAAUUUCAAAAUUAAUGUUUUUUAUGUGAUGUGUGAUGGAUUGACUGCUGAAUUGAGACGUCGAUUGUCAUCAUAUUCUGAAGUAAUAAAAUGCUUCAAUUGCUUUUUUACAAAUAAAGAAGAAGAGAUUGAAGAAUCUUUAUCAAAAAUACGCGAAACGUAUCAUGAUGAUAUUGAACCGGAUCACUUAGACCAAGAAUUUAAGCAUUUUAAAGUCUUAUGUGAAAAUACAAAAGUCCAUGAAAUUUUUAAAAAAUUAGAUCUUGCGCAAAACAUUAGGAGUACAUUUCCAAACAUUGUUACACUUAUUGAAAUUUUUUUAACAAUUCCAUUAUCAAAUGCAUCUGCAGAAAGAUCAUUUUCUGCCUUGAAACGAGUAAAAACAUAUUUGAGGUCUAGAAUGGGUCAAAAUAGACUGGAUGCUCUUUCUGUAAUGCACAUUGAACGCGAAAGUUUAGAUGACAUAAAUUAUGAUGAUAUCAUAAAAGAUUUUGCCUCGAAAAAAGCCAGAAAAGUGUACAUUUAA